CAUAUUGUCUUCCAGUUUUCGUUGACUCCCUUUUAUAAUCCCUUCUUCCAUUAUCCUCCAUAUCAACAACCUAUACUAGCCAUGUCUGCCUUUGUAGGAAAAUAUGCUGAUGAGCUCAUCAAGACUGCAAAGUACAUUGCGACGCCGGGGAAGGGCAUCCUCGCCGCCGACGAGAGUACAGGCACCAUUGGCAAGCGCUUAUCAAGCAUCAACGUGGAAAACAUAGAGUCCAAUCGCCAGGCUCUCCGGGAGCUCCUCUUUACUUCACCCAACGCCCUCCCCUACCUCUCCGGCGUCAUUCUGUUCGAGGAAACCCUGUACCAGAACACCUCCGACGGCAAGCCCUUCGUGGAAGUCCUCCAAGAGAACAAUGUGGUUCCGGGCAUCAAGGUGGACAAGGGGACGGUGGAGUUGGCGGGGACCAACGGCGAAACCACCACGCAAGGGUUCGACUCUCUGGGGGCGCGGUGCCAGCAGUACUACAAGGCGGGUGCGCGGUUCGCCAAGUGGAGAGCCGUCCUGAAAAUUGGGGAGACGGAGCCGUCGGAGUUAUCGAUCCAGCAGAACGCUCAGGGGUUGGCUCGCUAUGCCAUAAUCUGUCAGGAGAAUGGGCUGGUUCCGAUUGUUGAGCCGGAGGUGCUCACCGACGGGAGUCAUGACAUCAAGAAAUGCGCCGCCGUUACUGAGACUGUUCUCGCUGCUGUUUAUAAGGCACUCAAUGACCACCAUGUCCUCCUUGAAGGAACUCUCUUGAAGCCUAACAUGGUCACCCCUGGCUCUGCUAGCCCAAAGGUUGCAGCAGAAGUGAUUGCUGAGUACACGGUAACAGCGUUGAGGCGGACAGUUCCACCGGCGGUGCCGGGCAUCGUGUUCCUGUCGGGGGGACAGAGCGAGGAGGAGGCGACGGUGAAUCUAAAUGCGAUGAACAAGCUGGAUGUGUUGAAGCCAUGGACACUGUCCUUCUCCUUCGGGCGAGCUCUGCAACAGACCACACUGAAGACAUGGGGUGGGAAAAAGGAGAAUGUUGGGAAGGCGCAAGAGGCGUUCUUGGUGAGGUGCAAGGCCAAUUCCGACGCCACCAUUGGCAAAUACACUGGUGGAACCGCUGCCGGCGCCGCCACUGAGAGUUUGUUCGUCUCGGGAUACAAGUAUUAAUUAGCCGCCGCCGUCACCAUGCUCAUAUGUAUGUAUAUGUUGCGUAGAUUAUACUUGUUGACUUGUUCUGUGCGUGAAGGGGUUGAUAAUUGUGCACGUCUAUUGAUUUACAGUUUUACAUUAUAAAAUCUAAUUUAUUUUUGCUUUCUUU